AUGAGGUUCCAACCACAGACCGCAUUCGCCGUGGGCCGCUUUCCGUCUGCUGUUGCACUGGGCGAUCUCAACAAAGAUGGCCAUAUCGACAUCGUCACUGCAAAUAGUGGUGGCGCCAGCAAUUCAGUAAGCGUCUUGCUGGGAACUGGAUCAGGAAGCUUUCAGACACAGACCGCGUACCCCGUUGGAUCAGGGCCAGCGGAUGUUGCACUUGGUGACUUUAACGGAGAUGGGUAUCUCGAUAUUGCGGCUACGAAUGCCGCCGUUGGCACACUGAGUAUCUUGCUCAAUACUGGAUCAGGAACUUUCCAGCUGCAUAACACAUUUCCAGGACUUGGUAAUGCACGUAGUAUUGAAGUGGGUGACUUUGACGAAGAUGGCAAUCUUGAUAUUGUGGCUGCAAAUAAUGGUAAUGCAGUGAGUCUCUUACUUGGGGAUGGUUUAGGGAACUUCGGAUCGCCGACCUUAUUCACUGUCGGAUCCGGACCUGCUGCUAUUGCGGUGGGAGACUUCAACGCGGAUGAACAUCUUGAUGUUGUGGUUGCGAAUGUUGUUGACGAUACGGUGAGCGUCUUGCUUGGGACUGGAACAGGGGAUUUCCUGCCACAGACUGCGUAUCCUGUGGGAGCUACGCCGGUUGAUGUUAACGUGGGCGACUUUAAUGGGGAUGGCAUUCUCGAUAUUGCGGCUACAAAUGUCAACGGAGAUACAGUUAGUGUAUUACUUGGGACUGGCUCUGGGACCUUCGGGGCGCAGACUACAUUUCCUGCAGGGCCUCAGCCGUAUGGUAUUGCACUAGCCGACGUCGACAAGGAUGGCAAUCUCGAUAUGGUUAUUGCGAAUAGUGCUGCCGGCAGCAAUUCAUUAGGUGUUUUUCUGGGUACUGGAUCGGGGACCUUCGAGCCUCAGCAAACAUUCGCUGUAGGGGCUGAGCCAUGGGGUGUUGCAGUGGGUGACUUUAACGAAGACACCUAUCCCGAUAUCGUGGCUGCAAAUCUUCGUGACGAUACAAUCAGCGUAUUACUUGGGAAGCCUUGCGGUACUUAG